AUGGCGUACGGAGCCGCAGGGAUCGGUGAGAUCACCGAGGCGUUCAUCCUCGGCUGUUCAUGCCUUAUUGGCAUUGAACAGUUCAAUAUGACGCUAUUGCACAUGUCUAUGGGAGCUUCUAUCCAAUACGGGAUCUUUCUGGGCUCUAUAGCAGUCGUAUUCCUAUAUAUGCUCUUUUCGAGCAGGAAUUCGGAAUUCUACCGGAACGGAUAUCACACAGUCUAUGCAACGCUAUGUCUAAUCCUAUAUGCCAUAGUAAAGUGGGAUCUAUCCCUAGGGAAGCUGACAUUCUUGCUCUCGGGCUUCUUAGGGAUAGUGAUGGGCAUCCUGGUUGUCCACUCGAGCUGUUACUACUCUAGACACAAGUCUGUCUUGCUAGGAUUUUGCAUAGGGUUAUUUUCAGCGAGAUUACUGCCGUCUAUCUGCUGGUAUGCCGUGAAAAGCGAUGAUAAAGGCUUUUCUACCCACCUGCGGGACAUUGCCGUAAUGGUCGCUCUAAUCCGGUUUUUGUCAUGUCUAACGUCAUUAUUUUUAAAGAUGUACUUGGGUAAUUUCGAAAUAUGGGACGAUGUAGUUGAUGAUAAGCUUUUUGGAGAACUUAUGGGCGCGUCUAACCUCCUGAAGAAAUCGAAACGGGACGGCGAUGGCAUGUUCUUUGAUACUUCCGCUCCAGGCCAAACUAUUGAUGAUAUUUACUCAUUAAUAAGGCCAAACUUGGGACCACUCUUCUCCUUGUUAUUGUCUAUUUUGGUUUUUUUGGGAUACUCACCCAUUUUUUGCACAUCACAGUUUAAAUACGCACCGCACUUGAUGUCCAGCCUCUCUAAAUCUGAGAUGAUAUCACACAUUGUAGGAAGUUGUUUUGGGCUUAUUUUUCCACCAUCAAAGUCAGAUUCCACUUUUGUCUGUGCUGUUAUUUUUAUACUACACUUCAUUUCAGCUGCUCUAAUGUUUUUGUUCCACAAGUUUUUUUGCAUAUAUGGGCUCUUUUUUAUUGUCAUACUACCGGCGUUCCUGCUCGGGUACAUCUUCUCGUACUCCCUUGGACUAAUUAUUGAUGUAUCUUUAAGGCAGAAUUGCUCAAGUGAUGAUCCGCAGAAAAUGUGCUGUGGAGAUGAUGUUUGUGAACAGUGCUUUUGCAAGACCGAGGGUAUUUAUUAUGAUUGUAGGAAGGUAUGUUCAAAGCCACCAGAAUGUUCUAAGGAUGUAAUUAUAUGGUUUGAUUCUGGAACUGGCGGUAAAAUUGAGUGUACAUGUUGGAAGGGUUGUUGUAAAUGUUUUUGUUGCAAUGACUGUUGUUGUUGUCACAAGCAUACGCAACAACCACAAUGUGGUUGCAAAUGCUGUCAACAAGGAUCUCAAUGCUGCAAGGUGGGUACAUGUAAAAACGGAACCUGUAGCUGUAGAUGUAAAGAGGUAUGUAAAAAUAAUGAAGAAAAAUGCACCUGCUGUUCAAGUGGUGGUUGUAAAGAUAAGUGUUUGAAAUGUGUAUGUUGUGAUCGCUGUGCCAAACUUGGUUGUGGGAAUAGUUCUGGAAGUGGAGGAACAUGUAAUUGUCCUACUGUUCAAAAGGAAAACUGCAAUAAAUGUCUAUGUUGUAAAAAUAUUUCCCUAGUUUCAGGAUCACAACACUUUUUGCUUACCUCCGCACAGACAAGUACCUGUAACGAUUGCCAACUUACAGUCAGGUUGGAAGCCAAGUUGGCAUGCCUUUGCUGCAUUAAUGGUGUCUGCUCAAAACACAAUAGCGCCACGACUAAUGAAAGUGGAUUUCCGGUGAAAGGAAAUGUAUACUUUGGUUCUUUAUCGGCAAAUUGUCCGGUAUGUUCCAUAAGAAAAGUGGAACGCCCUGAAACAUUCGUAUACGGAGAUGGAUCAGCAGUGUCAAAUGAAUUUGAUAUAAAGGAUAUUAUCUGUAGUUGGUGCUGUCAUGCUGAUCUAAUUGUAGACUUGUUUUGCGUUUUGAGGAAUACGUAUUUCCGUGUAUCUGCUGUUAAUUAUCCUACAAAAUAUUUUGAUAUAUACGGCCUUUUCUUCACCUAUUCGUCGUAUUCUUCUUGUAAGGGUGCAUCUAAGGAACAAAAAUCUGCAAGGGAUCAUAAACCUAUAACAAAACUGUUCUUGAGUCAUGAUGCAACCUCUAAUAAGUGGAAAUCGGUCACUUCAGGUUCCAGUGACUAUAACCCUCCACCAGGGGGAUUUGAGAAUCGAGCUUUAUCUGUCAAGGUUUCUAAGAAGUCAAGCUUUUACGUUAGGGUUGAUAGAUACCGCUUCUUCCUAACUCUCAUGGUUUGGAUGAAAGUUGCAUUUUUGGUAGCCCUAGUAUUCUUGGGAUGCGCUCUAUUCAAGGGUUUGGGUGCACGAUCCAGCAAAAUUUCUACGGAUAUUUGUUUUACGGAAUUGCGUAAGGCGUACUUGAAGCCAGAACAUAAUUGGCAUCAGGAAGUUUUGGAUCGUAUAAAGGACAGGAAAAGUCUUAUAGGAGGGACGCUAGAUUUAAAAUCCUUUGCGGAUACUUCAAGGCAAAUAUUCUCUGACGCUGAUUGCGAAAAUUGUUUAGAAUGGGCACAAUCGGUUGCGAGAGUAGAGAAUAAGGAUUUUAAUGCAGUGACAUGGUCUGUUCUAACUGGACUAUACCAUUCUUAUUUUCUUUUAAAAUUUUUCAAUUUUCAGAGUUUCUUCCUCUACUGGGAGGAGGCAUGGAAACUGGAAUAUAGUUAUUUUUGUAAACACUUCACACCGCGUAUGGACAGAAUAAUGUUGAAGUCCAAGUUUGCGCUAGAUCAACUACACGAUAGGAAAUUACCACAACCGCUGUACGAUAGUAUCCAACAGGCCAGAGUGUCUGCUUGGGAAGGUGCUCUAAAGGAAAUGCAAAACUUUAGUAAUCUUUACGAGUCUGAAUCUGAACCCUGGGACCUGCCUCUGGAGGUUCAUGGUAGAUUGGAAUACUAUAUAGAACGGUGGAAUACACGUUUGCCGUAUUUGGUAUCUUGGUGCAAUUUUGAUACCAAUAUUUUGGACUGGACUACAUUUUUGUACGGCUUUUCACUUAUAAAUAAUUGGUCUACAAAGUUUGAACCAUGGAUAGCGCAGGUUUCCAACUGUGUGGAUAUGCCAGAAGAUGAGCUAGAUCUCGUCUCUUCUCGGCUGAAUAGAAACACAGUUGACGAAAUCCAAGUAUCCAAGUACAAAUUUCACUAA